AUGCCUUCCGACUCCCCCGUACACCAACUCGACUCGCCCUCCCCCCAUCCCUCUCGCUCCCCCUCCCCCUCCGGUCAUGACAUCCUCACCCUCCGCGCCCUCGUCAGCACCAAAGACGCCGGCGUCAUCAUCGGCAAGGCUGGCAAAAACGUCGCCGACCUCCGCGAACAGACCGGCGUCAAGGCUGGCGUCAGCAAGGUCAUCCCCGGCAUUCACGAGCGCGUCCUCACCGUCACCGGCUCCGUAGACAGCGUCGCAAAAGCCUACGCACUCAUCAUCGCGCAGCUCGUCGAGGCCAACCCGUCGUCCCCCGUCGUCUCUUCCUCGUCCGCGGCGCAUACAUCCAUCCGUCUCCUCAUCUCCCACAACCUCAUGGGAACCAUCAUCGGCCGCAGCGGUCUCAAAAUAAAGGCCAUCCAGGACGGCUCCGGCGCCCGCAUGGUGGCAUCGAAAGACAUGCUGCCCCAGUCCACCGAGCGCGUCGUCGACGUCCAAGGCGCCCCCGAGGCGAUUGGUCGCGCGAUCGAGGAGAUUGGCCGGUGUCUCCUCGAGGACUGGGAGCGCGGGCUCGGCACGGUCCUCUACCACCCCGGCGUCGGCGAAGACCGCUCGACCGGCCGCCGCUCGCACAACUACUCUGCAAGCUACUCGAGCCGCCGGUCCAACGGCGAGUCGAACGCGCGCGCGUCGAGCCCGCCCUCGCCCGGCUCGCCGUCCUCGCAGACCAACCUGCGCACGCAGAACAUCUCGAUCCCCUCCGACAUGGUCGGCUGUAUCAUCGGGCGCGGCGGGACCAAGAUCACGGAGAUCCGCCGCCUGUCCGGCUCCAAAAUCUCCAUCGCCAAGGCGCCGCACGACGACACGGGCGAGCGGAUGUUCACGAUCGUGGGCACGCCCGAGGCGAACGAGAAGGCGCUCUUUUUGCUGUACAACCAGCUGGAGAGCGAGAAGGAGAGGCGGGUCGGCAAGGAGCAGCAGCACCAGGAGGAAGAGAUGCAAGACUGAGCGUCGCGCGAUCCCCCGCGCGGUGAUCCCUGUUUUGACACGCGCGCGCGCGUGCGUGUUGCCGGGACGUGCACGCCUAGUAAGGCGGCUGGCUGGCGGGUGUCGAAUGGACUUUUUUCUUUUUUUAUUGCCGGGUAUAAAACCGUCCAGUGCCCGUCCGUUAUACACAUAGUGCUCAUCUUGCCAGGUGGCCUGCGCAGCUUUUUAUCUUCGUUUGUGGCUGCUGGUCGGUGCCAGCUCGUCGAGGUGGUCUGUAAAUGGACAUCGUUACGUACCACCUGUUC